UGUCUGAUGUGACUCAGUGCAUGGGUUAUAAUCCCACCUACUGUGCUGAACCUUGUCUAAGAAGAUCCCAUACAGCCCAUCUUCCCCAGACCCAAAGUGUGGCUAGUGACGAUGCGGAUGCUUCAGUGUCCCAAAGUGUAUGGAGGUUGCCAGAGCUUUUCAGUGUCAUAGGAACAAAGUCAGGAUAUGAUGGCAACUGAGGAACUUCAAGCCAUUAUACAAAGAUGCCAAAUCCUAGAAGAAGAAGAUUUCAAAGGCGAAGAUUUCAAUCUUUUUCAAGUAGCAGGCCAGAAGUGCUUAGAAGAAGGUUAUGCAGCAGAAGUAUUAGAAGUAAUUCAAAAUGAGAAAAAUAAGGUUAUUGUCAAGAGUAUGGGUUGGAAUCUUGUUUGUCCUCUUGUUAGAUGUAUUUUGAGAUAUAAGCAGGAAGAUGAGAAGAGAGAACAUUGUCUGAAAAUACUAGAUCAGUUGGUGCAGCUAUGUAAUCCAAAGGAACUUUUAUUGGGUUUACUUGAGCAGAUUGAGCAGACCUCUGGGGAACAGAUAUCCCAUACUAUUCUGCUCUUGCUUCAGCCUCUGCAGACAGUUCUAUUGAAACUUCAUAGCAAGAAGUCAUACUCAGUGGGUUUAUCUUUGUCUACCAUUUUAAAUCAACUCUCUCUCCUGCCUGUACCUUACACAAAAGAACAAAUACGAGAAGAUAAACUUGGCCUCUGCCAGUGUUGCAAUGCAGUAGUGGAUUUUGCUAAACCUUUUGUGGAUGAAGUUGUUAAAAAUAUGGAAGCCUCAACAGAAAAUGAUGAUGAAGAGCUCAAAGAAGAAUUGCUAAAAUUUUGUUUGAAAAGCUUGAAAUACCCCUUAUUAAUAGCACAGCUUGAUCAGUUGCAAGAAGACAUUGAAGAAGAUCCCUUAAGGCAUUUUGCAGCUGAAAUUCUAGGCAUUUUAUUGGAUAUAAAAGAAUUGUUACCAACAUUGUUUUCACACCGUGGAAGCAGAAAUCAGAACUGGGAUAAUCUGGAUUUUUUGGAUGUAGAUAGAAAGCAUUCUGCAGAUUCUUUGGCAUGUCUGUCAUAUCUGGUGUUUGUUCAGUAUUUUGGUAUUGAUUGUUUUCCAAUGGUCUUUAGUCCAUCAUAUCUUCUGCAGUGCAACAUGACACACAUUGAGGUCCUAUUGGAAAGGACAGAAGAAUCUGUGUUAACUAAGGGACUUGACCUGCUUGGAAACUGUUUAUUGAGAAUGAGUGAUAAUAGCCUUCAUCAUCAGUAUUUGGAAUUCAAAGGCUUCAUUACAGCACCUCAGGGUUUGGUGAAAGUGAUGACCCUUUGUCCUAUAGAGCAUUUGCGAAAGAAGAGUUUGAAGAUAUUGCAGUUGUAUAUAGACAAGUUUGAUGCAGAGGGAAAAUACACCUUGUUCAGGUGUUUAUUGAAGACAAGCAACCACGCUGGCGUAGAAGGCUAUGUUAUUCAAAAUAUCAAAAAUCAGAUUGAUUUAUCAUUAAAGAAAGCAAAUGACAGUAAGUGGUUUACUGGACCCCAGCUGGUUUCUCUUCUAGAUUUAGUGCUGUUGCUUCCUGAAGGGGCUGAAACAGAUCUUCUUCAAAACUCAGAUAGGAUUAUGGCCUCACUAAAUCUAUUGAGAUAUUUAGUCAUUAAGGAUAACGAAUACGACAAUCAAACUGGUAUAUGGACUGAACUUAACAAGAUUGAGCAAAAUUUCUUAAAGCCUUUGCACACAGGACUUAAUAUGUCAAAAGCACAUUAUGAAGCAGAAAUAAAGAGUAAAAAGGAAAAUAGACGAGAAUCUCACAAUUCUAAAGCAGUUUGUUCUGUAACAGUUGGUGGGGAAAAGAUGCCUAACAUGACCACUGAAAUGCAGCUUCAGGUUCUACAUUCAGCUCUUUUCACAUUUGAUUUAAUAGAAAGUGUUCUGGCCCGAGUAGAAGAACUCAUCGAAGUGAAAAUAAAAACCAUAACAUAAAUAUUGGUGGUCAAAUGAAGCACUUGGUGUCCUAAAUCCUAGUGGGUUUUUAACACUUGCAGUACAUUAAGACGUUGGUCAUUAUGACUUUACUUGAAAGAGACAUUAUCAAGCUUUAAACAAGUCUGUUGAAGAAUUAUUUAUAAAAGGCUGCUAGAAUACUUGCAACUGCUGUUCUUUACAUGUCUUAUUACAUGUCUUUACUGUAGAAUCUGAUUAAUGGAGAUAGACAAUGUACUAAUUUCAACAACAUAUCCCAAGCUACCCUCUCAUUGAGUUAGCUGCAGUUUUGCUAGAGUUUGGAAAUUGCAUCUGCUUGGCAUAAGAUAAUUAUAUUUUAUUAACCUUUGGAGAUGAGAGGAUGUUUUUGGUGUGUAGAAAUAGCCUUAUGUUUGCAUUACCUAGACCCCAAUAAUAAUGUUUGGAAAGUUUUGAGCUCCACAGAUGUGUAAAUACUAGGUAUUAUUACUGCAAUUAAUAUUGCCAACCAUACUUCUAGAUUAAUAAAGACUGACUGUAAAUCAGGACUAUCCAUACUGGAGAUCUGAGCAUAGGGAUUUGAGGAUAAGGGGAAGCCAUGCUUCAAAAAACACCUCCAGGACAAAACAAGAUAAGUUUAGAACUUUCCCCAGUGAAAGGUAAUAUACAUAAAGACAGUAAGCAUAUAUUUUGUAAAGAGAAACGAGAAUGCAAUUCAGUGUAUAAGUUGUUAAUGCAUAAUAUGGUCUAAAAUAUAUGGACUUGGGGGAAUCUACUCUAGGAUCAUUUUGAUUAUUCUUAUCCUCCCUAACUAUGAAGAAUCUCCCAAAGAGGUUUUAAAUAUUUUGGAAAAUCACAGAUCACUUUGCAAUCAAACUGAAGGUAAGGCACUUGCUUUUUAAUGAUGGUUUUAUUUAAAUUGCCCAAAUUGUAAAAACAAAACGUAUAUAGGGUUUAAAAAAAAAUCCCGUAACUUUUCUCUAAGUUAGCAAAUUUGGUAUAACUCACACUAUAUAGCAUUGAAUAUCACAAUAAAUGUUAUGUAAAUUUUCAUGUAAUGCAUUAAUUAUAUACACAAAUAUUUUUAAACUGACCAUUUUUUGUACAGUUGCUGUAUUUUUUUUGAACAGACAAGAAAAGCAUUUGUAUUUUGUUUAGAAAUGUAACUCCAGAAGUUUUGAAUAAAUCUAAUUGGUACUAAGUUAGUUACAAUCCAACUGGAUCUUGUGAAGCAUUUUCCAAACUGGACUCUGGUCUAUGAUCUGGGCUUUUGCCAUUAGCAUUCUGUAGCGAAUGUUGUCUAUGUGUGGUUUGCAGGUGAUCUUAAAAGGAAAAAAGAAAUGUGACACUACUUACAAAUAUUUUGAUUAAAAGAGAAUUAGAUAGUUUGGGUAAAGAAAUACUGAAUCAUUUACUCUUAAUAUAGUACAGCUGGAAAUUACGAAGAGACUGAGACCAGAUUCUCUAAACUGGAUAUCUGGGGGUGAGAGAGAAACAAAGGUAACAGGAUAAGCUGCAUUGGGGUGCCAGGCUGAUCCUAAAGCACAACUUAAAGCAGCUGUGGGACUGCUUUGUUCAUAUUCUAAUAACAUCCCACAAGAGGUUGUUACAGCUGCCACAGCUGCCAAGGAUUGGCUAAAUAUUGUUGCUCCCUGGCUACCCCUCCUGCACUGGGGACAGGGAGGAGUGAAACAGCAGUCAUUAUGCAUGUUGUACUCCACCUGGGGUUCCCCAGAUUGGGGAGUCUUGAAUAGAUCUGGGCCUCAUGCUAAUAUCCUUUACAUGGAACUCCUAUUGAAGUCAUUGGGACAUUAGUCCAGAUCAAGUGCAGGAAAUUUAUAGCAGUACGCCUAAUUUUAUUUAACACUGAAUUAGGAUAUGAUGCGGAACAGAUUUCACAAAAAGCUAGAGGUCUGACGUACAGUGGUUACUAUUAAGAUGUCAACGUUUAAUAGUUGUCACACUGUAGUACAUGAGAUGCCACAGUUGUUUUAUAGACUCUAGAAUAGAAAAUAAUUGCAGUAUCUUAUGCCAGAAUAUUGUAACUUGGUAAAUGCUAAUUUUUUAUACGGUGACCACUUAGGAAAAGGAUAAAAUGCGAACUAAUAUCUGGUUUGUGCUAUUCCUUUUAUUUUUGGUACAUUAUUGGAGUGCUGUUCAUACUAGUAUAAUUAACGUUGACUCAGCAUUUCUGUAGAAAAAUCAUUAAAUAACUUCUGCAUAUGUA